AUGCAUAAACGUGGGAAGAAGUGGCCACUGGGCUUUCUAGAACUGUUGAAUGCACCUUAUACACUCGAGGAUCGAGAGAGGGCAGAGGUAAUAGCCACAGUUGCUCCAUCAAUGGUGAGCACUCCUCAGUUUAUUGGAGAAGCAUCUGAGACUCCGGUAGUGCUUGUCUGGAACAAAACCUACAAAUUCAAAAGCUUUGUAGUAUUGAACUGUGGCACUACCGCCCUAGUCUUACUGGACUCUCAGACUGAUAUAGUUCGGUGGAAGAGGGCAGCGUUUAUUCAAAUGCAAAUGAAUUGGUAUCCAAUGGAUUCAGAUGAAAGUGGUGCAGAAAUCCAUGUUGUGAUGGUGCCUAUCCUUGCACAGAGUCACAUGAAUCAGCUCCUUCAUUUCUCCACGGCCAUAGCCGGACGAGGACUAAGCGUAUCGUUCGUAGCCACCUCCACCCAUAUUCAUCAGGUCCGCCACCGUUUUCAAGGUUGCGACCUUCACAAGUUCAACAUUCGUUUUGAGGAACUGCACAUGCCAGAACUACCAGAUGGAGAGGCCAACGCUGAAAGCACACAUAUGUUUCCCAUCCAUCUGGCUUCUCUAUUUGAUUGCGGAGACCUGCUACGCCCUCAAAUGGACAGCUUACUAUGCAAAAUCUGUUCCUCCAAUACCAAGAAAGUCGUGAUGGUGUACGAUCCACAGAUGGGUUGGGUUCAGCCAUUGGCUGACAAGUAUGAAAUUCCAGCUUAUAAAUUCAUGCCUGUGGGCAUUUAUCCCGCGCUCUGGUUUAACCAUAAAUUGAUCGGCACUGAAUUCGCAGGGUUGAGGUUCUCCAGUCUUAAAGUACCGCUAUUGCGAACCCUAACCGAACAACAUUUGAGGUUCGUGGCCAGGGUGGAACCGUUCCUAGUGCCUGCUAAAGGAACAAUCAUCAACACCUUCCGAGCGAUUGAAGCUCCAUUCAUUGACUUGGCCCAGGAGAGGAAUGUUUUUGGCGACGAUCCUGUGUGGACAGUGGGUCCUCUCCUUCCCCACCAAUUGUUGAGCGAGGAGCCAUUGAGGACGGAUUGUGAGUGCACGAGAUGGUUAGACAGCCAUUCUCCGGCUUCCGUUUUGUACGUCUCUUUUGGCAGCGUUUCUUCUUUGCCCGCAGCACAAAUCCGGGAGAUUGCCUUGGGAUUGGACCGCAGUGGACAUCCUUUCCUGUGGGUACUCAGGGCCUCCGACACCUCCCGUUUUUCUGCUGAAGUGGAUUCGAAUGGGAUAUGUGAGUUUCUGCCGGAAGGGUACGAGAAUCGAAUACGAGGACGCGGCUUUAUUGUGACCAACUGGGUGCCUCAGCUUGAGAUACUGUUCCACAAGUCUACGGGAGGAUUUUUAACUCAUUGUGGGUGGAAUUCGACGGUGGAGAGCAUCUGUGCAGGAGUUCCCAUUGUUGCCUGGCCUCUGCACUCCGAUCAGUUCGCCAAUGCUAAGCUUUUAGCUUGCGAGUUGAAGACAGGUGUGGAAGUGAAGGAAUGGAGUAAUACAGAGGAGUACGAGAUGGUGAGUGCGGAGGAGGUCGAGGUGGCAGUGAAACGAUUGAUGGUGAGUGAAGAGGGAAUGUAAAUGCGGAAGAGGGCGCAGGAUUUGAGAGCUCAAAC